CGCGCCCACCCCGGACAGCCCUCGCGGGUGGCGGCCGCAGACUACCCACCAAGAAGCAGGCCGUCCAUGUCAAAGAGCAGGAUGAGUCCAGUGCCCCUCGUUCGUGUCUGCUGAGAGCCGCUUGCAUCACACGUGUCUGCUGAGAGCCCGCACAUGGUGGUCUCCAGAAGCUAACAUCUCUGAAGUCAGCCGUCCAAGACGAUCUUCAGUUGGCACCCGUGAAGAUGAAGCUCCGUCUCCUCCUGCUGUUGCUCCUGUGUGAGGCCCACAGCCACGCGGCCUCGAGGCCCAACUUCGUCCUGCUGAUGGCCGACGACCUUGGCAUCGGAGAUCCUGGUUGCUAUGGGAACGAGACGCUCAGGACGCCCAAUAUUGACCAGUUGGCUGAAGGAGGAGUGAAGCUCACUCACCACCUGGCAGCUUCGCCCCUGUGCACACCAAGUAGGGCAGCGUUCAUGACAGGCCGGUACCCCAUCCGAUCAGGAAUGGCAUCUCAGUCCCUCAUGGGGGUGUUUAUCUUCUCGGCCUCUUCUGGAGGACUUCCCACCAGUGAGAUUACCUUUGCCAAGCUUCUCAAGAAUCAAGGCUAUUCAACCGCUCUGAUAGGCAAGUGGCACCUUGGGACAAACUGUCACAACAAGACAGACUUUUGUCACCACCCCUUGAGCCACGGCUUUGACUAUUUCCAUGGGAUCCCCAUGACCAACUUGAGGGACUGCAAGCCCGGAGAAGGCAGCGUCUUCACUGGGGGCAUCAGGGCACUGGUCUUCAUCCCCCUUCAGAUCAUUGCGAUCACGCUCCUCACCUUGGCGGUGGUCAAGUGCCUGGGGCUGGUGCAUGUGCCCCCCGGGAUCUUCGUCUGCCUUCUCUGCCUGGCCGCCAUGAUACUCGGCCUUCUGGUGUGCUUCCUGCAUUACUUCCGGCCCCUGAACUGCUUCCUGAUGAGGAACCAUGAGAUCACCCAGCAGCCCAUAUCCUAUGACAACCUCAUGCAGAGGCUGACGGCGGACGCGGCCCAGUUCAUACAACGGAACGCUGAGACGCCAUUCCUGCUGGUCCUGUCAUACCUGCACGUGCACACAGCCCUCUUCUCUUCCAAGGACUUCUCCGGCAAAAGCAAACACGGCGCGUACGGCGACGCUGUCGAGGAAAUGGACUGGAGUGUUGGGCAGAUCUUGAAUGUUCUAGAUGAGUUGAAACUGGCUAACAACACCCUCGUCUACUUCACCUCGGAUCAAGGAGCCCAUGUGGAAGAGGUGAGCGCCAAGGGAGAAGUCCACGGAGGCAGUAACGGCAUCUAUAAAGGGGGGAAAGCAAACAACUGGGAAGGAGGUAUCCGGAUUCCGGGCAUUCUUCGGUGGCCAGGGGUGAUAAAGGCUGGGCUAGAGAUUGAUGAGCCAACGAGCAACAUGGACAUAUUUCCUACGGUGGUCAACCUCGCAGGAUCGCCAUUGCCCGAGGACAGAAUCAUCGAUGGACGUGACCUCAUGCCACUGCUUCAAGGGAAGACCCAACUCUCCGACCAUGAGUUUCUCUUCCAUUACUGCAACUUCUACUUAAACGCUGUGCGCUGGCGCCCUCGGAACAGCACGUCCGUCUGGAAGGCCUUCUUCUUCACGCCCAAGUUCAACCCCGAGGGCGCCAACGGGUGCUUUUCCACACACGUGUGUUUAUGCCACGGGCAGUUUGUGAACCAGCAUCACCCGCCGCUGCUCUUCGAUAUUUCCAGAGACCCCAGGGAGAGAAACCCAGUAUCGCCGAUGACCGAGCCCCGCUUCCAGGAGAUCGUCGACGUCAUGCAGCGGGCUGCAGACCGCCACACCAAGACCCUGCAGGAGGUCCCCAAUCAGCUGUCACUGGGCAACAUUCUCUGGAAGCCGUGGCUUCAGAUGUGCUGCUCAUCUUCCGGGCUGUCCUGCCAGUGUGACCGGGAGGAACAGGCCAGGAGGGAGAGCCGCUAGGUGCACGUCCGGGGACAGAGGCCUGGCGCCCGCUCCGCCUCCUGCCUUGUGCACACACAGGGGGGCGGCCCUGCGGAAAGCCAGCCCUGUCGGCACCUCGGACUGGGAGCCUCUCUCCAUCUUACUGCCCAAAGGCUCCAUCAGGAGCCCCCCAGUUACCCCAGGGGAAAAGCAAAGUCUACGGUAUACACAGGGAUAAAUGCCAGACUUGGGGUUCCAUGGCCAAAAUUCUUAGAGUCCUGUAAGUGUGGGGGUUCGGGUGGGUAGGAAGGAGCAGAAGGUAUCAUGCUGACACCUCUGCAAAUGAGUGGACCCAUGGCAUAAGGUGCCAUUAUUCCACGAUGCCUUGUGGUGUAUCGGCCGCCAUGAUUUCCCUGGCACACCAAUAAAGAACGGAAUAGCAUUUAAACAGCACUUACUAAAUCUUAAUACAUGCAACUCAGAAUGAGUUAAAGGACCAUCUUCUUCACCAAUAAUAGGUGAUGCUCAAUUGCAAUUUGAUUUGGAAGGCAAUUAUUAUCAGUGUUAUUUAGAGCACAUAUUAAAAGCUAUGCAUGAUAGGUAUAUUUACAGAUACACAGUUUAUUUCUUUCCUCAGGAAAUCAGAGAUAAUUAAACUGUAAAACUAGAAGCUUCACACUAUUUAGGUAAAAGCAGGAGCGGUUCACAGAUUAGACUUUUCUCGUGCAGCAGACUUUUUUGUGAAAUCCUUCGGGAACCAUAAUCCCAAGACAGUCUGUCCUGAAUGGAUUCCCGUUGCAUAAUUUAUAGUGUUAUAUUUGGGCUUUACUGUUUCUUUGGUGAAUGGAAGUUCCCAGAUAAACGCUACCUCGGGGGAUACUGUAGCACAAGGAAUCCCUCCCGAUGCAGUGCAGAAUUAUUGGCCUGGAAAGUGUAUUACUUGGCGGGGAGAGCUCGUAAGCAAUCCAUGACCCAUGCACAAUAUCAUGAUACCUUUCGUUCCUGCAGAAUUUACUGAUGAGACCACAGUAGCUCAUAUAAGUACCUUUGUUUUUUACACUUGUAUUGUGUGGCUAACAAGUACCCGUGCCUUCCAUCCUCGAUGAGAUGUACAAUUUCGUUUUCAUCCUGCUUCUCCCAACAUCAGUAAUUGAGGGGUAGGGCAUCACCAGGCCACGUAGGAGGGGGUGGGCAGUGGCUCUGUGGGAGGAAGGUCCUGAGUCUGCACCACCAGCCCCCACGGAGGAGAGAAUGCACCUGAGUAGAGGAUGCUCAUGUCACUCGAUCAGACUCUAGACAUCUGCCAACAGGAUCAUGUGGAUUCCUUUUCGGGUCAGUGGAGAGGAGCUGCCGUUCCCGUGCCUAUCCCUUUGUCUCUUUAGUGCACGUGUCCGAGCAUUCCCUCUUGGCCCGGUGUUUGCUCUGUUCCAGGAGACAGCAGAUCAGUGCAAAGCCUGGACCCCGUGUGGCCCUGCGGAGAGAAUGUGUGCUCUCAGGCGCCCUGACCACGGGCCACACGUCUCUCCACGUGUCCCCCACCCCGGGAAGAACUUCCAAGAUCCAGUAGUAUUACUGCAUUUCCUCCUGAGAUCCGUGAUUUCACAUUUUACAUCUUUCUUUUCUUACAACCUACAAGUGAUGAUUUUUCCUCCCCUCCCCGGGAAAGGUUGAAAGUUGGCGAGCAAACGGGUCUCUUAUUUUUCGUGUGGAUUUUGAGAAUCUGUCCUAUUGCUUUAGGAACCGCUAACAACUGUACUAACUUGUUAAUACCGGGGUAGGGCUAUUGCUGGCAUUACUAUGCAGAAACUUUAAAACCACUGUUACAAACUUAGGUAUUACGCUGAUCGUGUUUACUCAAAGUUUAACACACUCAAUGCAAGUGCACUCUUCUAGACAACACUUCGGGGGGUGGGGAUGUGUGUUGGAGGAUUAAGUGAAAGGAAGCACUUUUAUAGAAUAUGUGAAUACGUAUGUAUGUAUAGAGUUUUUCAGUCUGUACUGAAUGUUAGCAGCCAAUGAAGGACAUCUACCUUUAGAAAUAAAAUCAGGUUUUAAAAUAUUUGCCUCAAGGGGCGCCUGGGUGGCUCAGAUGGUUAAGUGUCUGCCUUCGGCUCAGGUCAUGAUCUCA